AUGAAUGACCACAAGAAACAACAAGAACAAAGGGAUCGGACGAACACUGUCUACUACGAUGCACAGGCGAAUUUCGGAACACCACCGUCAGAUGCAGCAAUGUCCGCCAGUGCUGGUGACUAUCGAGAUCACAAAAUGGGCAUUCGAAAAGCGUCUGGAUCGUCGGAUAGAGGAGUUGAGAGAGGAGGUGACAGACAGGAUGAUGUACUCUACGAGAGGGUGCAUACGGAACGACGUCACCACCACUCAACAUCCUCAUCUUCCCCGUAUCCUCACCGACCACCAUCUCGAGAAUCUCAUCAACGAUCCCAUCACCAACCUACAGUAAUCCAUCAUCAAAUCCGAUCACCUUCAUCCACUGCAAGCCCGAUCAUAAUGGCUCCCAUGUCGUCUUCUUACGAUUACUCUGUCGGAUCAUCUGCGUCUCCGUCAGCGUUCCGCGCUCAAUCUGAAUUACAACAAGACGAUCGAAAAGUUGCUGGAAGUCGAUGGAAUCCACGGGGACAACAAGAAGACUUUCGACCGGGUCCACGAGCGAGCUCCGCUGCUAAUAUAGAUGCUCUUUUCGCACCGAAAAACCCGAGGACACAAUCGAGUUCUAGAAUGGCGGGUGGAUAUGAGCCAACUACAAAUGUGGUGUACUCCAGAAGAGCUGCGGAGCCAUCAACGCCGAGUCGUCAGAAUUAUCAACAGAGGGAUCAGAAAGAUUAUGCAGUUGUUGGUGCAUAUUCAAAUGAAAGACAACAGGAGCAACCACUCUAUGGAUCACGAGGAGGACCAUCGUCCAGAGGAGGAUCCGUACGACAGCAUUCGAACGAUUAUGAACUGGAUCCACGUCUCAAUGUCACAUAUCCACAGUUCUAUGUGGAUGACUGGAAGGAGAGACAUCCGAAUCUGACGCCGACGUCUUCUGGAUAUCCGAGAGCUGCACCAAGGCAGUCACCAUCAUUCACAGCAACUGGUCAUCCAGGUGUUGGUAGACCGAGAUUCGCAAGUGAUGCGGCUAGACAUCUCUAUGAAGAGGUUCCGAUGAGUGGCGGUGGGGGACCACUACUCAACAAUGGAUACCGUAGUCCUGGAGGAUAUGGAAUGAAGGAGACGGCGAUACUCGAUGAUUAUGAUAAUGUGCCAAGCGAGUUUUUGGACGAGAAUCGACACCAGAGAAAGAAACAAGACGACGCGUCGAACAAAGAUGGUGAAUCGGCAAUCUACCAACCGGGAAGAUAUCAGCCUUGUUAG